AGAAGAACUCACACUGCUUCCCAUCAGAGAGCUGCCCCUCCGUCACAUGCUGCCUCUCCAGCACGCCACCGGAGACACUUUCAAGACACUAAAACCAACCUGUGGAUAUUGUUUUCCCCCCUCUAUUUAAGGAGCGGCAACUAUUUCUUUGUUUCCUUUUUUUUUUAAUGGCGCCAUGAAGUAAAACUCCGCCAUAUUCAUCAAAUCCACCACACCCGUCAACAAUAGCGCGAAUCAGUAAAAACUUUCGAAUUAACUCGAUUUUCAACGACAAACAACGGGGAAGAAGGGAGGUGACUCCUCAGCCGGGCACGAUGACCCUGAUGGCGGCGGGGGCUUGUUGCCUCAGCCCGGAGGCCAAAGAGGCUCGCAGGAUCAACGACGAGAUCGAGAGGCAGCUCCGCCGCGACAAGAGGGACUCCCGACGGGAAUACAAGCUCCUUUUACUCGGGACGGGCGAGAGUGGGAAAAGCACCUUCAUUAAACAGAUGAGGAUCAUCCAUGGCCGCGGAUACUCAGACGAGGACAAGAGGCCGUUCACGAGGCUGGUCUACCAGAACAUCUUCACCGCCAUGCAGGCCAUGAUCCAGGCCAUGAAGAUUCUGCGGAUCCGAUACAAGUAUGAACACAACAAGGCCAACGCCAGUAUUGUCAGCGAGGUUUAUGUGGAGACGGUGACAACAUUUACAAAACCAUAUGUGGACGCCAUCAAGAGCCUGUGGGCCGAUCCAGGGAUUCAGGAAUGUUACAAUCGAAAGAGGGAAUACCAGCUCUCGGACUCUGCCAAAUACUAUCUGAAUGACUUGGACCGGAUCGCAGAGGCUGCGUAUUUGCCCUCUCAGCAGGACGUGCUGAGGGUCAGGGUGCCCACCACGGGUAUAAUCGAGUACCCCUUCGACCUGGAGAACAUGGUGUUCAGGAUGGUGGACGUGGGUGGGCAGCGCUCCGAGAGGCGGAAGUGGAUUCACUGUUUUGAAAAGGUGACCUCCAUCAUGUUCCUGGUGGCGCUGAGCGAGUAUGAUCAAGUCCUUGUGGAGUCCGCCCAUGAGAAUCGGAUGGAGGAGAGUAUGGCUUUGUUCCGGACUAUCAUCACCUACGAUUGGUUUGAAGAGUCCUCGGUCAUCUUGUUUCUUAACAAGAUUGAUUUGCUGGAGGAGAAAAUAAUGCAUUCACAUUUGGUUGACUACUUUCCUGAAUAUAACGGUCCCCAGCGGGACGUCAAAGCGGGCCAGGAGUUCAUCUUGAACAUGUUCGUCAACCUGCAUCCGAACCGCAAAAAGCUCAUUUACUACCACUUCACCUGCGCUACCGACACGGACAACAUUCGCUUUGUCUUCCACGCUGUCAAAGACCACAUCCUGCAGGGCAACCUGGAAGACUACAACCUGGUUUAAAGCUGCCGCUGGGAGUGCUGUAGUUGAACAAGCCUGACUAGAAUACAAGAUGGAGACUAUAGUGUAGCGCGCAUGUCACUGAAUGACUGUACUACUGAUGCAUUUCAUACUUUUGAAAGUAAGUCCUAGAGUGUCCUGACCACUAAACUGCUGCCUUCGUGACAAGUCGGUCAUGAGAAUCACUCAUAAGGCUUUCCUGCUUUUUUAAGGUAACUGAAUGACUUCACAAAUGUAGAUGGACUACUUUUUAGGUGUGCGUGACGCCUCUGAAAACUCUUGAUUUUCUUCUAAGUGGAAUUCCUCAAGCUUUUGUGCCUCUAAAGGGAAGCCAGUCGUAAUCAACACUAAUUGCACAUUUACUUUGGAAGUCUUCACUAAUUUGCACACUUGAGUAACAUUGUGUAAGGAUUUUGAAAGGCUUCACGCGAGUCAACGUUUUUGUUUUUGUUUUUACUUGUGCACUGCGUAAAAUCUUAUGAAGGAGUAUUACUGCCGCACUAAAAAUUUCAACUAUCUGAAAUAGAGUUUUGUGACUAACGUUGUAAAUUUAGCAGAAUGAAAUAGUACUUUUUUCCUCUAGAAAAAAAGUUGUGAAAUUCGGAGAAAAAAGUCAUAUAGUUACAAUAUUAAAGUACAAAUAAUAUAUGGGGGAAAAAGUUGUGAUAUAAUUGGAAAAAAUUGUAAGUUCUCAUGAAAAAAAAAGUUGUAAAAUUACACAGAUAAAGUUGUCAAGUUUUGAGAGCAAAAUUGUAACUGUUCGAUAAAGUAACAACACAUUAUAACAACAAUGUUAUAAGAAUUACAGUAGUAUUUCAGUAAGAGUGUUACGGUAAUUUCGUAAUUUUUCAUACAAAAUUGUUUUGUAUUUACACAAAUUAAGUUGAACAUUUUCCUGAACAAUGCUGUUUUGCUAAAAAAUAGUACAAGAAAAAAAAAGUUUUUCUUUGUAUGAAAUUUCUGAGUUUAAACUGGUAAAUACUGUUCUAGAAAUUAAGCCGAAAUGUUACUGGAAAAAAGCAGUACAAUUUUAAGAAAAAAAAAGUUGUGAAGUUACAACAAACUUAUAAAGUUCUAAAAACAAAUAAGUAAUACAAGAAAAAGUUUUUUUCGACAAAACAUAAAAAGCUUACACAUUAAGAAUAAAACCACAAAUUUAGGAGGAUUUAAACAAAGGAAAACGUGUUACAAAUAUGUGACUAUGAUGAACUGUAGGAACUUUUAUUUUGUAUUUUUUUUGUGCAGCAUUGUGAGUUAUAUUAUUACAGCCCUAUUCCUCUAAGUUGCAAGCACAUACGUGAAAGUGUUUUUAUUCCCACAAUAAUAACAAUAGGACUUUUUACCCCUCAGUAUAAUUUCAUUUUCUUUUCAGUGUUGCCGUGAUAGUCCUUCAUAAAAUUCAAACAAAACAUUUUUAUGCAUAUGAACACAUUUCAAAGGGAAUCCUGCCACAUUAUAGCAUUUCUCUUUCUUUUUUUUUUUUGCUAACAUUUUUUGUGUUUGUGUCAAGCUGCAGUAAUGGGUAUUUUUUCUCUGUUAAAAUCGUUUGCCAAAUUGGCUGUAGAACUGGGCCAUUACUUAUCCCAACGUGCACUAUUAAUAUCACACGGUACAGCGAUUCCCUUGUUUUUUCAACCCCCCCACCCGUUUGGAUGAGGUCAGCAUCAGGAGGCUAAGUGCUGACGAGAGAAGUGUGGUGUUAAAUAAUCUCUCAGGCAUUAAAUUAGUACAUUGAAGUGCUCUGAAUCGGUUUGGACUAAAUGAAUACAAAGGUAAUUAAGAGCUUAUCUGCGACGCCACUGUUUACAUGACCUCUGUCUUCUUAAUAAAAAUAAUUACAGUUUAAUUUAUGGUAAAAUUUCACUCCCUGCAGCUUUUGUUUUAUGCAGUGUGUGUGUUUUUUGUAUGUGAUCAUUUAAAUAAAUAAAA